AUAUCUGAUUUAGGAAAACCACGAGCAGCCGAUUAACUACAAACGAACUAGGUCACUCACAGGGCCGGUAACACGUCCCGGAUUUGCAAUGUCUAAGCCUCUGAAAGAACUCCUUGCGGGUGGGGGUCUCACUGCUUUAUAUACUUAGUUCCCCUAACCACCAGAAGUAGAUUCACGAUGUUGGAUAGUUGAGGAAAUUCCCCUUCAUCUAUCUCGAAGAAAAGCAUCUACCCGGCAACAAGAUCCUGCUUCAGGCUCAGCCGCUCACUCUCGUUAAUUAUAGUCUUAUCUAACCAAUUCACUCUCUUUUCAAGAACAACUUAUUAUUUGACUGGUUCCAUUCUUUAUUUCUAAUCUCACAAUCAUUAAAAUGAAACCGGCAACUCUCGCUCUCCUUCUUGGCCCUAUGGGCAUCGUGGCUCGCCCCUGCGGUGGCAGCCGCCCACAGUCUACAACAACAACUACUACCGUGAUCACCUCAGGAGUUAAUAUUCCUACUGCAUCAAGCGGCCUACCUUCGGCGUCAUCCGUUUCGUCGGCAACGUCUCCAGCACCCUCGACCGCUUCUAUUACUUCCUCGACGACACCCUCAGCAACAACUUCUAUCUCUUCUUCCGCCACUACCUCAACGAGCCAGCAGGCUUCCUCCACCACGAGUUCCUCCGCCACCCCAUCCCCAACCAAGGGCACUGGCUCAUCAUCAGACAGCAUCGACGAGCUCUUCAAGGCAAAGGGUAAGCUCUACUAUGGCACAGCCGCCGACUCGGGCACCCUAUCCAAGUCCCAAAAUGCCGCCAUCAUCAAGAAGGACUUUGGGCAAUUGACUCCCGAGAACAGCAUGAAGUGGGAUGCCAUCGAGCCAACCCGCGGCGGUUUCAGCUUCGGCGGCGCCGACGCUCUCGUUAGCUUCGCGCAGCAGAACGGCCAGAGCGUGCGUGGACAUGCUCUGCUUUGGUACCAGCAACUACCGGACUACGUCAAGGCGAUCACCGAUGCUAAGGAACUUACCAGUGUUCUUGAGAACCACAUCAGCACCAUUGUUGGUAGGUAUAAGGGCAAGGCCCGCUCUUGGGACGUCGUCAACGAGAUCUUCAACGAGGACGGCACUCUCCGUGAUUGCGUUUUCUCCCAAGUUCUCGGCGAAGACUUCGUUCGUAUUGCUUUUGAGGCGGCGCACAAGGCCGAUCCUGACGCGAAGCUUUACAUCAAUGAUUAUCAUCUCGAGAGCGGUACUUCUGCUAAGACCGUUACAGGCAUGUUCGACCAUGUGAAGAAGUGGAUCGCUGCUGGUAUCCCUAUCGAUGGUAUUGGUAUUCAGGGUCACCUCGGCGGUGGAAACCCAAGCGCCAGCGGCAUGCAAGCUGGAUUAGAAAAACUUGCUGCGACUGGUGUCAAGGAGCUUGCUAUCACCGAAUUAGAUAUCGUCAAUGCGCCGGUUGACGAAUACGUCAAAGUUACGAAUGCUUGCCUCGCUGUUGAGCAGUGUGUCGGAAUUACCGUAUGGGGUGUGAGCGAUGCCGAUUCGUGGCAGUCGCAGAGCUCGCCGCUCCUCUUUGAUACGAGCUACCAGCCUAAGUCGGCUUACACCGCUAUCGUCGAGGCUCUCUCAUAGGUACUGGUAGAAGUAGGCGAUGCUGAGACAGCAGUACGCUGCCGUAGCGGAUGAAGUAAUAUUCGAAGAUGGGGGAUAAGACGUAAUUAUAGGUAAUAUUUAAAAAGAUAAUCGUGUAUUAUAUGAAUAUGUGCAUUAUGGAGAUAUAUGACCAUCUAAUGAGACUAGAUUUCUCACGAUAUUCCGGUGUGCGCAACUACAAUAUCACUCGAGUACUCUUGAG